AUGGAAAAUCUUUUAGCGCCGGAGUGGGGUUUUGGACAGAACUGGAAAAUUCUGAAGUCUCUGUUGGAACAAGGUGAUUUGUUUGCACGGGCUGGCCGGCUAGAUCAGUCAUUUAAAGCAUAUUCCAAUGCUUUUCGGGUCGGUUUUGUUCCGAAAGAACGUAUCACAUCGUUAGUGGAGGCCCUUCUAGAUUUUCAACGGAGCAAGUUGGUAAGAGAGAGGAAAGAUGGACCAACGACUGGUGAUGAUCAAACGUGCAGUGCAUUCACUUGUUCUUCAUGCGGCUGUGUCUUUAUGAAACCAGUCACCCUCCCUUGUGGACAUACAUUCUGCCAAGUGUGUGUUUUGGAAGUAAAGUCUUUAACUGGCCUUGCCGAGUGUUCAAAAUGUGGUAACGGUAUUCAAGAAGAUUCAGUUCAUUCGAUCAAUUUGCUCAUCACGAACGCUAUUCAAAAAUGGCUCCCUCUAGAAUGCCAACGGCAAGAAAUUAAACAAGAAGGACUUAACUUCCUUGUUGGACAGGACAUGCCAGCAGCUAUUGAUUGUUUUAACAGAGCUCUUGCUUUGUCUUCUGAAGACCUUCACUGCCUUAUCUGGCGAUCGGAUGCUUUUCUACGGUCAAAUCAACUAGAGUUAGCUUUACGUGAUAUUGAAAAAGCGUGUAAACUUCACCCCAGUUCAGCGGGAACUUUCUAUAGAAAGUCAGUUAUACUGAGCAGGUUUGCCAGAGUAGAAGGUAUCCUGUCAACAAAACACGAACAGAGUGUUUUAGCCUUACUUCGCUGCUGUUCUCUAGCGCCAAAAUGUGAACGUUUCCGCCAAGAGUUCAUGGAAAGCUUGUACCAACUUUUAAGCCCUAAAUUCACCAAUGUGAAUAGGACGUUGUCAGUUUUAAAGCAAGGUCAAGACCGUGAUGGGUAUUUCAGUGUUGCUCAACGCAGUGCUGCUGUUGACAUGGAUGUCGAUGAUCUUAGCAAUUUUAUGAAAAGUCCCGCUACCGAAGCAAGUGCCAGUAAACGAACGAAAACAAAAGCCAUUGUCGGAGUCUCUCCGAACUACGAGGAAGACUUACAGGCGAGCAAGGAAAAUACGAUCAAGAAGGAGAUUUUACAUUUGAGAGAAACUGAAGAUUUUGAAUGUAAACUCUGCUUCAGUUUGCUUUUCCAACCCAUAACUACAAUUUGUGGGCACACGUUUUGCCGGGAAUGCCUUGAAAGAUGUCUAGACCACCGGCAGGAAUGUCCUUGCUGUCGAACCACCCUGAAUCAGUACCACACAGGAAAACGAAAGAUGGAGGUUACCCAAGAUUUGGAGUCGAUUUUAGUGAAGUUCUUCCCUGGUGAAUAUAACGAAAGAAAGAAAACUUAUCAAGCAAAGUUGAACGCUUUUGAAGGGUAAGGUAGCUUUAUUUGACCGUAGAAUGCAAUUAUAUAAUCUAGUUAUGUAAUAGACGUGUGUUUUUUUUUGUGUAGAGUCAAUGAUAAUUUACAGUAGAACUCCGGUAACUCGAACUCUAAAGGGAAACGAAAAACAGUUCGAGUUAGCGGGAAAUUCGAGUUAUCGGGGUAAAUUUCAGCGGAAUUUUGAUCAAGGGAAAGGAAAUUUAGUGUAAGUAAGCGAGAAUUCAAGUUAUCCGAGUUCGAGUUAUUAAGGUUCUGUCCUAGGAGUCGUUUAGUUUAAUGGGUCAUGAUAAAACGUAGCAAGGAAACUCAUUAAAUUGAUAGUGCAUUGACGCAAACAACAGAGCAAAAGAAUUUCCCUUUGAUUUUUAACAGAUGACAUUAGUUAACAAAUUAGGCGAUACUCAGUCAUUGAAGAGCAAUAAAUUUUGUUUGAUUUCCGGCCAAAACUGUUCCUGAAUGCUAUUUUAUUACAUCACUGCUAGAAAUACAUGAAUCGCAGAAUCUCGCACCGCUCAGCAGAGGCUAGUGGGCACUAAAGGAGGAAGAAAGAGAAAGAGGCCAAUUGAAUAGCAAAAAGAAAAUGUGUGAAAGAAAAAGCAGACCACAAAAUAGUAAUAACAACAACUAGCAGUAGCUGUUGGCUAGGAAGUGUGGGUGAAACCGCUGUCAUAUAUAGGUGAAUGCCCUUUAGUUAUAGUGUCAACAAAAGGAAUCGUUCCAGAACGUGAAAAAUGGACUGAACAACACAGAAAACAAGAUUCAUAUUAAAUUAAACGACUUUAUUCGCAGUUGCUUUGAUAUAAUUAGCCUGUUAGAAAUUUAGAAAUGUAAUGAUUUUCAAUCGGCUUUCAUAGUGUAAAGCGCAUUGAGGAUAGAAAUGCGCUUAAUAAGAGUCUAUUUUAGUAUUAUUAUUAUUAUUGUUAUUGAGGAGCGAGGAGUAACAUCUGAAUUUGCCGGCAAAGAUACAUUGAAACGAUAAUGCAUGACACGAGUAUUGUGCGUGUAAACAGUCAUUCACGAAGUCUUAUUAUUCAAUCAAAUAUUCAAUCCAUGUUCAAUGAGUAAAGCCCAUUGAUUUGCAAUACAAAAUAAUAAAACAGCUUAAAUUACCUCUGGAGGUUAAAGCUUAUUGAAGCUUUCAGACAACAAGUGUCGUAGGAUGCUUGGAAAUGUACAAAGAUAUAAAAACCAUGCACUGUAGUGAAACCUGAAUAAACUUAAUUUACAUCGAUUUUUAGACUUUGCUAGCACUCGUGUCUUGCCGAAAACUUGUCCCGCACUAAGCUGAGGUCAGGCUCUACUUUCAUUUUCCUGGGUAAAUAGAUUCCAGGCCAGCAAGCUUAAGUCUCGCAUUUAGUACAGUACUUGUGUAUUUGAGUUACUUGUGCUUGCAAAUCAAUUGUUGCAUCACUUGCAUGUGCAUUCAUGUGAUUACCGUGAAACCAACACCAGGGCCUUCAAGGCCACAUACCAUGGAUAUUAGUUGGUACAACAUAGGAACGUGGACAAAAUGAGAAAAAUCUCGCUAGACAGUGAUAAGAAUGCCGCUGACCAAGAAUAGGUGGCAGGCUUCUUUUUGUCGCUUGCAAAUAUAAGAGAAAAGGAAAUACAAAAACAAGAUUUUCCAAGAAUUGAACCCAGGACAUCCUGUCUCCAGGGUCAUUCCUUUACCUCUAUGCUACAUGAAGACAUCUAUUUUAACAGUUAAAAAUAUUUUAUGUCUUUUCUAUGGAACUUUUGGUGGCAAGUACUGUAGAAAGCUGAUUGAACCGUAUUCAACACAAAUUCAAAGGUAUCGUCAGGAAAAUAACUGGGCCAUUGAUGGUGUAAAACUGCACGAAAAUAAUCUCAACAAACAACUUGUCUGCAAAGUAGGAUACAAAGUAGGGUGCAAAACAAAAUGUUUUCUUACCUCAAUUUUUGUGUAUUGUCCAAUGUGCUUCUGCGGUCAAAAUUUAUUGCUUUAAGAAUUUUUUGAACUCUUUAAAUGGCCAUUAUAAAAAGAACUGGGCCAGGUUUGAGGUGGGUUUGUUUACUUGUUACGUUGUUGCUCCAAAACUGCAGGUAUGAAACCGAUAGAAAGGUAUUUUAAUUACCAAAGAUCACACUUCUUUUAGCUCUCCUCUUGGGAGUGAUACGGAGUGUGCGUUCCCACAAAAUUAUAAACUUACUACCCAAGGAAUUAUUAUGAUUAUGGUUACUGUUAUAAUAUUACUAUCAUUUAUCAUCACUGUUGUUUUUAUCAUUAACGUAAUUAUUUAUAUAUAAAUUAUGCACAACCAAGAACUUGCCUUGAGCUUGCCUUUAAUUAUUUUGUAUGCUGAGAAAGUCAGUCUUAAUUGAGGCCCCAGGGAACUAGCCUGUUGAGUCACAGAUGUUUUCUAACCCUGGUUAGUAACGUCUGUGGAGCAUCACCGAGACUGAGAUCCUUGUUCUGGACAAGGAUUUUGGUGGCAACUUGUAGACUGGUGUAGGCUACAGGGAAGGGGAUUGUCUGUUUUAUUUUAAAACAAUGACAGCAACAAAAGCUGGUACGCUAUACAUUUUGUAUUGAUCAUGCUAUGACACCUAUGCAUGAAAUAUGAUCACAUUCGAAAUCAGGGGUAAACACAAAUUUAAUCCACACUAUUUAUCUGUCAAUGAUUUCUUGUUGAUCAUGGAGAGAGCUGUAAAAGCUGGUUUCAAAUAGCUAAGAAGUAAGAGUGGUAAGGGUUCUUAGGAUAAAUUUCGUGAAAUAAUAGUAUUUAGAAUCAGAUGUGUCCAGUUUCAGCUCUACUAACGAUUCUGUUACUCAUGAUCGAAUGAUCACCAGUUUGUUGGAGUUGGAAGUAGUACUGGUAGGAUUAAUGCCCAAUAUUAUGAGUUCUUUUGCCUCUGCUUUUUUUUUCUGCUUUUGCUUCUGCUUUCACUAAAUCUGCACUUUUUAUUAUGACGCCAUUGCUGGUGAAAACAGUCUUAAAAAUUUUUUUGUAACAUUUGUAUGAAAUCUAUAACAUAUGAAUCUGAACAGUAUGGGCACUUAAGGAACAGAGCAAAGUGUCUGUGUCAGUAUGUAUAAGUAUAGGUAGAGAUUGUAUGACUUCUACUAUCAAUUGGAGCAUAAUAUCAAGUGCCUGUAACAAACAGACUGUAGUAGAUCAACAUUAGAGUACCAACUAUGUUUCAUUGUAAGGAAAUCUUCUCUUUUAUAUUCAACAGUUUGGCCAAUGAACAGAAUCCAGAAGUGCCCAUAUUUGUAUGCACUUUAGCAUUUCCGAAAGUCCAGUGUCCACUACAUAUUUUUGAGCCAAGGUAUCGACUGAUGCUACGACGUUGCCUUGAGUCGGGUUCCCGGCAGUUUGGUAUGUGUGUAGCAAGUGAAGAUCCUGAGAAGGGUUUUGCAGAUUAUGGCACCAUGCUUUGUGUACAGUCAGUGGAUUUUCUACCCGAUGGCCGUUCUAUUGUGCAGUCGAUAGGAGGACGGCGAUUUCAUGUUAUUUCAAGGGGUAUGGUCGAUGGUUAUCACACUGCGACAGUGGAAUGGGUGCAAGAUGAACGUGUAGAUGAUGUUGAUGAACUUAAACAUCUUAUUGAACUAAACAGAGUGGGUUAUCUAAAACUACAGGCCUGGUUUACUCAGAUGAAUGUAGGACAGCGUCAGUGUAUUGCCAAUGCUGUUGGGCAUUUUCCAGCUUUUGAUGAGAACCUUCAUUUGCUUAACGAUGGGCCUGAGUGGAUUUGGUGGGCGCUGGCAGCUCUUCCCCUCAUGGACAAACCCAAACUGAUCAUUUUGAGUAUGACCUCCAUUUUGGAACGUCUCAAAAGCGUGAUCCGCUUUGUUCAACUUCUGCUGAAUUCACUUCCGAAGAAAUCCCCAGUUACUAGUUCAUCAGGUUCUUGAUUUAUCAGUUUCCCUACUAGGCAAAUUUUCAAAUUUAUUGUUUUCUGACCAUGGGAAAUCCAAGGGCACCAAUAAAAAAAAAUUAAUUUAUUGCCAUCUUACAUAGGAUCGGAUUUCAGCUAUCAUUUUAUUGUCAAAAUGAUGGUUGUUAAUUAAGUAAGGAUUUGAUUGGUUGCUGUUGAAUUUCAAUGUAAGGCUAUGUGAGAAAGAUGUUUGCCCAGAAGACAAAUGCUUGUGUAGGAAAAAUGCAAAACAUAUUUGUUGUAUGGCUACAUAAAAAAAUAAUGGCACAAUUAACAUUCACACUAUUCUGGUCAGAAUAUUUUGCUUUGUUUUUACAACUUGACAAGACAAGCCUUUUGUUCAUACAUGAGGUGCUGUUUUUGACACAAUCUUUUCUAUUUUUUUGGUCUUUUACCAGACAAAUUUCUGCCCUGGCUCAUUUGUUAUAAGUAUACUGGUAGCCUUCACAGCGUGCAAAGAAAGUAGUGUCCGAUAGCCCGGGGCUAGUGGAUUUUGCUAUCGGGCUAGUGAAUUCUGUUUUUAACUUGCCCGACGGGCAAGUGAUGUUUUAUGAGGAGUUUGAAUAGCAAAAGAACAAAACGUUUUUGGGGCUAGUUGAAGUGACGUCUGGGCUAGUAAAUGCUAGCUUCAGCUUGCCCGAAUGGCAAGCUGUAAAAAUGUUUUUCUUUGCACCUUGCUUCAUUAUUUUUGUUAGGUCAUCAUCACCAGCUGCAAUUCUGUGAACCUGAACAGAAAAGGCACAUUCUUAUUUAAACCUUAUAGCCAUAUUAUUUUGGAUUGGUUUGUAAUAAUUGUGAGGCUCACCUGCCUUACAUUCAAAUCCAUGCUUCCAACCUCUGUAAGUUGCAUCUAUUAUAUAAGACUGCUUUGGGAAUGGGUCAUGUUAAGGUUGCUGUGACAAACAGUCACUUUGAGUGUAAGAGAGCAUCAGACAGUAGAUUUGCAGACUACCUCUGACAUAAUCUCUGAAUUAAUCAACAUACUGCUUUCUGUCGACUCGAUAUAAUGUGAUGGGGUUUUUUUUAAUAGAUUACGUUUCACAGAUCAAAGCAUGCUGAAGCUGCAUGCUUAACAAGUACAUAGGUGUCUCCUAGUUUUAAUUACCUUCCAAAAUGUUGCUCUAAAUCUUGUCAACUUGGUUCUCUUUUCAUAAAACACUUAUCUGUUCUAUUAUCCUGUGAAAUGUGAACUGUAGAAACUUCUCUCUGAAACAUUACUCUUAGUAGUUGUUGUUUUUUAACCCAUUGAGAACUUCAACACGAAGCCACACUCGGCUCUCCAGGAAAUGCAGAACUUUUAGUGAAAUGAAAUGUAGAAGCACGUUAAAUCACAAAUCAGUGUUGCUGGUUUCUGAUUUAUAAACAAUUUGAAAUGUCUUGUUUUAAUAAAUGUAUUGUAAUUAGCUUAGAUUCAUCUGUCUUUAAAAGGACUUACAAAAUGACAAUUUUAUUGGUGUUCCCUGCAUUGAAUUUACAUUGAAUAUAGUUGUUUAUUUUGUAGAUAAAUAUUUAACAGAUUUAACCACUUAUUCGUUUGCAUAAUAAUGCAAAGGUAACAAAGCUUAGUAGGUUUUUAGUGGCUUUGUUGUGUUUGUUUAGUACUUGCAAUUCACUACUUUUUAUUUAUGAUAAAGCCGUUUUUAGGCCCACGUUCACCUAAUAGCUGUUUUGUUUGCAAUUGAUCAAUAUUUCGGAACUGAAUUUGCUGCUAAUUCUGGUCGAUCACCAGGAGAUUUUUUAGUUCAAUAUCAGGGCAUCAUGUUAAGUGCUUGAAGUACUCAGGUGAGCUGCGACUACAGUGGAAAUUCUUAAGUGACUGGACUCCCUCUGGACACAAAAAAGGUGUCUAACAGUAGCUGGCCACUUACAGGAAUGUAAAAAUGCAGAGUAACGAUGUGAGGUGAGAGAUUUGGUUUUGUGAUGGUGGCUGUAUGUAGAGCUGUCCACUUACAAGAGUGUUGGUUAGGAGAGCUUCCACUGUACCCACUUUGCAAAACCAAUUUAAUUCCUUGAAGCGUAAGGUGAACAUGGGCCUUCUUCUCGGCAGGACAUCUUGAGUUUUGUGAAAGAUGUUAAGAUACUUCAAGGAAAUGUGUUGCACUGGAAAUAAACACUAAUAGCCAAAUAGGCGAACCUUUG